AUGGCCUGCUUUCCUACGAACCUGCGCAGAACACCUGCUCAUCUUUGCCAAAACCGUCAUCUGCCUUCGGAUGAGAGAGAAGGCCACGUGGAUGCACCCUCGGUCGCGACACUGGCACCUGCUGGACUAUGUCCUCGUCCGGAGGCGAAACCAGCGGAUGUGCUGGGGACACAGUCGAUCCCGGGUGCCGGCGGGUUGACCCACCAUCGCCUCUACAUCUCCAAGCUGCGGAUUCGCCUACAGUCUCGCAGGAAACCUCAAGGUAAGCGACCUCCCCAGGUAAGUUGAAUGGUGCUUUGUUGUUUUUGCCUGCUCACAAUCUCCAUUUCAGCAAUGAACUAGCCUAAUGGCUAGCCAACCUUUCAGCCGUCGCCGCUGCCACCGCCGACGAGAACGCCUCCGUGGAUAACCCAUGGUGUCAGCUGCGGGACACAGUCCAGUCGACGACCCUGGCUGUCCUCGGCAGCGCACGUCGCCAACACCGGGACCGGUUUGAUGACAACGACGCCGCCAUCAGUAACCUGCUCGCCGAGAAGAACAGACUGCACAAAGCAUGCGUCAAUCGCCCCACCGACGAAAACAAAGUAACAUUCUAUCGUAGUCGCCGCCUUGUGCAGCAACGGCUCGCAAUGCCGAGGAGAUUCAAGGUUACGCGGAUCUAACCGUCUAAUCAAUCCUCUGGAACAAGGUCUCCUGCUGGAAAGCCAGUACGGUUUCUGCCGUCACCACGAAACCACCGGCAUGAUCUUCGCCGUCCGUCAACUGCAGGAGAAGUGUCAGGAGAUGCGGACCCACCUCUUCUCUACCUUCAUAGAUCUGACAGAAGCCUUCGACACGAUGAAUCGCAAGGGACUAUGGAAAAUCAUGCAGAAAUUCGGCUGUCCCGAACGAUUCACUCAGCUGGUGCGUCAGCUUCAUGAUGGCAUGACGGUGCUCGUCACGGACAAUGGGAACGUAUCAGAGGCAUUCGCAGUGACCAACAGUCUAGCAGGACUGCUUCCUCGCGUCCACCCUCUUCAGUCCCAUGUUCUCUGACAUGACAUGACAUGACAUGAUGGAGUUGGCACCUGAGUACAAGGCCUCAAUUGUGAGACGUUCUGUCAUUGAGGUGCCCCGGCCUAUGACGGUCGCUCCUUGAAAGUCAAAACUGUGGCCAGUUUAUCCGAUGUGAGUCGCAAGCUGUGAGUUUGGGUCUAGUUUCCGAGUUACUAGUCUGUGCUCAUGUAAGCGGGUCCGUAGUUUCCGUCCGAUUUCCUCAACGUAAUGUCAGUCGCCAUCGUUAUAACGUAUUUGACAGACAACUGCUGAGGUUUCAGUGGGUGGCAGUAUGUCUUUGGUCUGCAUCAAACGGCGACGAAUUGUUGCCCGUGGUCAAUGGACAGAACGUCUCACACUAGAGACUUUGUACUCAGGUGCCAACUCCAUCAACGGGCAUCUACACCUUCUUGCGGCCUCCAAAGUCCUACGUCACUACUUAUGCCAUGACCAGGACGAGGCGGUCACACGGAGCUUAAUAAUACCGGGCAAACACGGUCCCUCGACUUAUCCAUCCAAAAAGGGCACAGACGCAACUAACCCCAAUUGUGGUGACGACACACAACACAGGAGGCCACCAACAUUCACAAGCGACGGUCAGAGGGCCAAGGCAGCGAAAGAAGGAAAAACUCGGCCAGUCCAAGACAAACUAAUUCGACUGGCUAUUCGAAUUUCUGGUCGAUUUCUGCACUAAACGCUUCGAUAAUGGAGAUAAUGCUCUCAGGGACGUCAGCAAUACAAUACACUUGACCCGGUGAGCACUCCACAUUUCUCAGAUUAUCGACCCGGAUCUCAUACGUUUGCUGACCUGAGCCUAAAAUACACUCGCCGCAUUUGCCUCCACUGUCCACACUGCCCCUGCACAUUUACUCACCGCAUUGGUCUAUUCGAUCACAUGCGUAUCCACGACAGUGGAACCGACCGCAGUCUCGACACCCCUAGUACCUCCUUCAUAUCCACCAUGCCUAUCUCAACCCACAUCCUGCCGCCCAGCACACCCACCACACCUAGCACAUCAUUCACACCCACCAUGCCUACCUCAACCCACACCCCAUUGCCCAGGCGUCCACCAUCAGCAGCUCCACCGCUGCCACCGUCUCCGAAACCGACACUCACACCGUCAACUUGUGCGCACUGUCCCGUACACUCAGCUCACACAUCGGCUUGGUCAGUCACUUGCGAAUCCACCGCACAGAAACUGGCGAACCAGUACCUGGAGCACCAACAUACACCAGACGCAUACGCCUCAACGGCCCUCACUGCACCCGCACAUUCGCCCACCGCAUUGGCCUAUUAGACCACAUGAGCAUUCACGAAAACUUGCCGUAGACAACCGCCGGCUAAACGACACCACUACACCUUCCCCCACCAUAAGCAUCUAACUGCCACCUACCACGGAAGUGGAAAGGGCGCGUCUCGGCUCCGUCUGCCAUAUGUGUUAUCCGAGUCUGAGACUAUGACGGCGCGUCAAGCGCCGUGGCUUGUGAGACUGCUGACUGACGUCCCAACUCAGUCCACACAGUCUGCCCAGUUGUGUGUUUGUGUGGUGUGGAAGACUGGUGGAGCACUCCCACGCAAGCGAGAUGUACGCUACCAACCCCCCUUGUGAAAUCCUGAUACUCGUGUUUGGGGGGCCAUGUCGUGCAUGUGGCACGCGCAGACAAGGUCAGCCAUCGCGCCCACUUCCCGCACCUGUCAACCGACCGUCUCGGACAGCAGCCGAGGCCUGGGAAUGGGGAGAGUGAGGUCGAUGCUCAGCCUUUGAAGCUAUCACGGUACGCUCAAAGCCGAGGCUUGAAAGGUUGCCAACUGACGGUAUAAAUUGGACCUCGCAGUCGUCCCAAUGUUGUGUGUUUGUGGAGCGACCGACUGGUGGCCUAAGAGGUAGGCUGCAAAGGCUCUUUCGUAAUGUGGCCUUUAUGGCACUCCCACUCCGUGGGAUCCGAGCAGGGUGUGAUGUCACACCUAGGUGCAGCCCCGGCACCGCCAGCCCCUUUUUUCGUUGGUUAAAAUCCUAGUCAUUUAUUAUGUGGACCAAAGGGUAUGGAGCGGAGCGUCAAGGUGCGAGUCCGACCGUGCCAUCUACCUGCGCCCUCCAUCGUCUCCGAUCUUCUUGACUCUGUCUGGACACUGGGUCCAGUGGAGGAGGAGAGGGUGCGGAAGACGCUGCGCAAGUCACCAUGCCUGCUAAAUCUUGCUAUGGAGCACACGGUGGACGUCAUCGGCAACGACGGUCGAAAUAUCACCUAG